GCUAUGCAACGGCCGAAGGUCAGGCUAACCGACCCGCGGCGGAACCUGCCCUUGCACGUGAUAGGCUGGGCGUCUACACCGCGUCGUUCUUCUACCUCCUCCCCACCCCGGGCCUGACGGUCCGAGGGGAACCGCGGGACAGCGCGCGUCUCCCCGCCCCGUGCCACGGCAGCCAUGGCGCUGCUGGGCGCUCUCGUCUGCUGUCUGCUGGCCGCCUGGUACGGCCGCCCCGGCCUCGGGCUGCCCCUGGCGCCCGCUGGCGGCCGGGGCCCCGCUCCGGCGGUGGGACAAUUUUGGCAUGUGACGGACUUACACUUAGACCCUACUUACCACAUCACAGAUGACCACACAAAAGUAUGUUCUUCAUCCCGAGGUGCAAAUGCCUCCAAUCCUGGUCCUUUUGGAGACUUUCUGUGUGACUCUCCGUAUCAACUUAUUUUGUCGGCAUUUGAUUUUAUUAAAAAUUCAGGACAAGAAGCAUCUUUCAUGAUAUGGACAGGGGAUAGCCCACCUCAUGUUCCACCAACUGAACUCUCUACAGAAACUGUUAUAAAUGUGAUCACUAAUAUGACAACCACCAUUCAGAGGCUCUUUCCAAAUAUAAAGGUUUUCCCUGCACUGGGUAAUCAUGACUAUUGGCCACAGGAUCAACUGCCUGUAGUCUCCAGUAAAGUGUACAAUGCAGUAGCAAACCUCUGGAAACCGUGGCUAGAUGAAGAAGCUGUUCGUACUUUAAGGGGAGGUGGCUUUUAUUCACAGAAAGUUGGAACUAAUCCGAACCUUAGGAUUAUCAGUCUAAACACGAACUUGUACUAUGGUCCAAAUGUCAUGACCCUGAACAAGACUGACCCAGCAAAUCAAUUUGAAUGGCUGGAAAGUACACUGAACAGCUCUCAGCAAAAUAAAGAGCAGGUGUACAUCAUAGCACAUGUUCCAGUGGGAUAUUUGCCCUCGUCAAGGAGCAUCACAGCAAUGAGAGAAUACUAUAAUGAGAAAUUGAUAAAUAUUUUUAGAAAAUAUAGUGAUAUUAUUGCAGGACAAUUUUAUGGACACACUCACCGGGAUAGCAUUAUGGUUCUUUCAGACACAAAAGGAAGUCCAAUAACUUCUUUGUUUGUGGCUCCUGCUGUCACGCCAGUGAAGAGUGUUUUAGAAAAACAGACCAACAAUCCUGGUGUCAGACUAUUUCAGUAUGAUCCUCGUGACUAUAAAUUAUUGGAUAUGUGGCAGUAUUACUUGAAUCUGACCGAGGCAAAUCUAAAGGGAGAGUCCAACUGGAAGCUGGAGUAUAUCCUGACCCAGACCUAUGGCAUCAAAGAUUUGCAGCCAGAAAGUUUAUACGGAUUAGCUAAACAAUUUACAAUUCUAAACAGUAAGCAGUUUAUGAAAUACUACAAUUACUACUUUGUAAGCUAUGACAGCAGUAUAAUUUGUGAUAAGACAUGUAAGGCCUUUCAAAUUUGUGCAAUUAUGAAUCUUGAUCAUAUUUCCUAUGAAAAUUGCCUCAGACAAUAUUAUAUAAAGCACAAUCAUUAGUAUUUCACAGUUCAUGUUCAUGGAAAAUGUAACAUUGCUGUUUCUGAGAUCAAUUUAUGGGAAUUUUAUGUAAAUCUUUGUGAAUUACUGAGUUGGCAAGCAGAAUUCUUAUCUUUAGCAUUCUAAAUUUUUAUUAUACUGAAUAUAUUUAAGCUGCCCAUUAAUAGAAUGAUGCUUAAAUGUAAAUAUCCUAUCUUCAAGUUUAUAUAAUUAUAUCUAAUUUAUACUCUUGUUGAAAUUGUCAUUUAUACAAUAAAGCAAAGGACUUUUCCCAAAA